UCCUGACCUGCAGGGCCCUGUCCUCCCAUCCCCAGGACAAGGACAAAGCAGACGGCGAGAUGCUGGCCAUGUCGUCCAAUUCCACCACCCUCCUGGGCCUCAUGCUCUGCCUGGGCCAGGUGAUCCACAUGCAAAGCGGGCUCCUGCCCAGACCCUCCAUCAGAGCCGAGCCAGGCCCUGUGGUCGCCCGGGGGCGGCCUGUGACCAUCCUGUGCCGGGGCCCUGCUGGGGCUCACACAUUCCGCCUGGAGUCGAAGAAGAAUACAUCUGCAUUCAUGGAUCAGAAAAAUAUACCUCAACGUGGUUCACUGGAGACGGAGGCCAGAUUCCUCAUCCCCGCAGUGAGUGAAGUCACUGCUGGGCCUUAUCGCUGUGCCUACAUAAAACGGUUCAGCUGGUCUGAGCGCAGUGAAGUCCUGGAACUGAAGCUGACAGAUGAGGAUGUCCCCGUUCUGCCCUCAGGAGCCCCCCGUGAAGUCAGCCCCCUAUCCACAGAAGCAGGAUCCCAGACAGCCCCUGCCUCCCGGAAUUACACGGUGGAGAACUGUAUUCGCAUCAGCCUGGCCGUUGUGGUCUUGCUGAUCCUGGUGGCGAUUCUGGCAGAAGCUGGGCACAGCCAGUGCAGGUCCCCACACGGAACUCAGGAGGGCGCCCACCAGAAAGAUUAGGCCCCAGUGUCCCAGGAGUUACCUCCCCAGGGUCCAAGACUCACAUCUGUCACCCGCCUUACCCAGGGGCUCAAACUGCACCUGCCCUGGGUAUCCCUGUACCCCACUUCUUCUCUUCCUAGAAUGGUCUCUGCCUUCCUUGAUCUGUGGUCUCCUUGGGUUCUCAGUGUCUUGGAUGAAAAGUGCAGGGAAGGAAAUACAAAUAGAAGCUGCACUGAGAUAUCACCUGACACUCAUCAGGAUAAAUAUGAUUUUAAAAAAUAAUAAUUUAAUGGGUAACAAGGGCUUUGCCAGAAAAAAAAUAAUAAUUUAAAGGGGAAGGAGCAGGUGUGUCAAGGCAGUGGAGGGAACUGGAACCUGUGUGCACUGCUGGUGGGACUGCACGACGGUGCAGCCACUGGAAGGUGAUGUGACAGUUCCUGAAAACCUGAGCCCAGGAUCACCUCAUGACCCAGCAACCCCACUUCAGUCCACGCUCAAAGAAAUGACCAACGGACCUUAGAUGUCUGUGAUUUCACACUCGUAAUAGUCAAUAUUCACAAUAGCCAGUGUCAUCACCAGGCUCCUCAAAGGUGGGGACGGAAGCAGAUGAUCGGCUUGAGUGAAGGACUCACCAGCAGGGGUGGCUUUGAGGACAGAGGAAGGGGUCAUGUGUCAUGGAGUGUGGGGCCUCUAGACGCUGGAAAGACAAGGAAUGGACUCUCCCCUGGUGUCCCCAGGAAGGAACCCAGCCCUUCAGACACCUGGAUUUCAGCCCAAUGAGGUCUGGUUCAGACUCUGACCCCCAGAACCAUAAGAUAAUAA